CAUUUAUAUUUUUCUGUUUUCGCCGUUUAGGUGAGUUAAUUUUCUCUAGUUCUUUUUGUGAAUUGAUGUGAUCAUUUUGAGAACUGUGAGUUUUGAGAAGUAAAUUAGUAUUUUAUUAAGGUUUAAUGUUAGGGUGUAGGUGUCAUACUGAGACGUGUUAACGAUCUUCUAUAGUGUUAAAUUAGUUAUGUUUAAAGUGUUAAGACGUUCUAAUAUCUGCGUAAACUAAUCUAAACAGUAAACAUAAUACUAUACAAAUCAUCCAUUCAUCAAUUUCAAUUAAUCAAUCAAUUAAAGAAAUGGCAAAGACAGAGGAUUUAAAAAAAAGCAGAUAUGGUCGAGUAUCUAAUAAGAGGAAAUUUAAUGAAGAGCUCGAUUUAUCUUUGGGUGAGUCUUAUAACACAAUAAAUUUAAUAUUGAACAAAAAAAGCAAUGGAAAAUCCUCUCCAACAGUCUUAAAUAAUUCCAAUGAUGGAAAAAGAAAUGGAUUUAGCAUUGGAGAUAUGGUGUGGGCUAAGACCGGAAAGUAUCCGCUAUGGCCAGGAAUUGUGAUUAUGGACCCAGAGACAAAUAAGUUUACUAAAAAUAACAAUAUGGUACCUAUGUUGCAUAUCUACUACUGUAAUGACGCUCAUAGAAGAAAUUGGAUAAAAAUAAAACAGAUAAUAAAAUUCUCUAGUAAAGAAGAAAUUUUAGCUGAAAAUCCAAAACUUUCAACACAAAUUUCUCGUAGUAAAUUAAAGUCUAAAUGGAAUAAAGCUGUGGAAGAAGCUGAACGUUUAGCAGCGAUGAACAAAGACCAGCGUAUAAGCUCAUUUUUUGCUGACAAUAUCUCAGAUGUUAAUUCAACAUUGGCUGAUAAGGCAGGACCAUCCACUGAACAGACCACUCCUAACCAGCAACCUACUGAAACAAAUUAUAAUGGUGACCGACUGCUAGAUGGAUCUAAUCACGAAGAGAAAAUGUUAAUUGAGAAUGAUUCUAAAAAGGAGGAUUUAGAAACUCACCCUCGUUAUUUAAUUCCAGAGUUAUGUCGACAAUUUUAUUAUAAAGGAUGGGUAACUGGCACUGGAGGUGGCAUAAGCAUUAAAUACAAUGACCAAAUUUUUAUUGCACCUUCUGGUGUUCAAAAGGAAAGAAUUCGACCUGACGAUUUAUUCGUUCAGAAUUUAGAUGGUGAAGAUAUUAUAGUUCCACCACCUGAAAAAAAAUUGUCUAAAAGUCAAUGCACUCCUAUUUUCAUGUGCGCCUAUUAUGAGCGCAAUGCAGGAGCAGUGAUUCAUGUACAUUCAUCUAAAGCAGUUAACCUAUGUUUCUUAAUACCAGAAAAUGAAGUUAAGAUAACUGGUUUAGAAAUGAUUAAAGGAAUUUUCAAUGAACAAACGAAAAAAUUCUAUGAUAAUAAUGAAGAGCUUAUCAUACCAAUAAUUGAAAAUUCAAAAUAUGAGAAAGACUUAGUUGAUACUUUUAAAAUGGCAUUAACAAAAUACCCCAGUACUUCUGCAGUUUUGGUCCGUAACCAUGGAAUGUAUGUGUGGGGCAGUGAUUGGAUAAUGGCUAAAACACAAUUAGAAUGUUACGAAAAAUUGUUUAAAGAAACAAUUUUUAGGAAGCUAAACAAGGGUUAAACAAAUUAUACCACCCAUGCUUGUAGACUUCACCUUACUGGAAAGCAAUUGGGAGCUAUCCAGAGGCUAUUGAAGAUCAACUUUUUUAUUUAUUUUGUGACUAAAUAUAUUUGUUUUGUAUAUUAUUUAAUAAUAUAAAAAGGUCUUCUUAAAA